CAUGUGUGAUUCAAUGGAUGUUUUGUUUGUUCUGCAAGAUUCUGUCGUGGCAAGAGAAAAAAAAAAAUACAACUGAUAGGGGGGAUUAUCGUACCGUGUACCGCCGAGCUCCUCCAACUCGUCCCUGAAGUGGGAUGAUUUUUACUUGGCCCAAGCUCCAAAUCCCUAGCUGUUUAGGUACCCUCUUGUUCUAGCCUUACCUGUUUGUGCCCCUGACUUGGCGGGUGACUAGACUGGAUUAGCGAUAUGAGUGACAUGAUCGCUUAGGCGGAGUACCUCCCGAUAGCGUUCAAGGUAGCAACGCUAAGGCGCUAAGGUCACUAAGAGGCUACAGAUAACAGCUAAUGAUAACCGCCGACGUCAAUUUUACUACGUGAUUGUGUACCUAGACACUGUAACUAAACUUUUGAGCUUUACCUUCAGCCUUGACGAUUUUUAAACCUUCAAUCCGAUCUACACAAUCAUAUUAAUACUAUACGGACGAAUACAAAUACGCGAAUUCCUAUAAUCAAUACAUGAUUAUUGAAUAUAUUACAAAUUGAAUCAUUUCCCCACGUCGAUGCGCCGAUUCAAUCUUAUUCUUCAACACCAAAAUACAACAAGAUGGAGAUGGACGUAGAUAUGAUCACGUCGGAUGGUGGCUUGUUCCGGGAGGAACCAGUACAUAACCAUACAUCGUCGAAAGAGGAGUGGUCGAAAUUCGUGGCACGAUGUAUUUCAUCUCGACUUGACACCGACACUUUCGAAUCCUACGUUUCGCUUCUCUACUCUAAACAUCCAUUACCCCCCGCGAUCAUCGCCGACGUUUGCCUGAAGCCGCAACUAGAGAACCACGAAAGCCUCGAUCCGCGUGUGCCGCGAUACAUACAAGUCCUUGCCCAGCGCGGAUUAAUCGACACUUCUUCCCUACUCAAGGCCUUGUAUAAAUACUCUACAUCACAAACCCAAGCUCGAAAAACCGGCAGUUUCCCACAUGGUGAAGCGGAGGAUAAAGUACCGUUACGAUGGGGGAGCUCGUAUGCGUCCGAGGAAGUAAUAUUCUACCGCAUCACCAAAGCCGUCGCUUUGGGAACUGGUAUACGGAAUGCGAGCGAUGCAUUGGAAGUUUGUAAACUGAUGGCUCAGUGGAUGACAUUGUUUACGAGUGCAUCGGCGGCGUUUGCGCAGGAAGCUAUGGGCCAACUACCUAAUAUGCAUCUGGCGAACCCGCAGUCUAGGGAUGAAAUGGAGGCAGCUCGAGCGGCGUUUAUUAUGCUGCUCUUGAGUAUAUGUGAGAAUCAGAUGGUUCUGAAUGCGCUUAGUCGUCCUUUUGCUAAGAGCGCUAGGAGAGCUCUGUAUGCAAGUUUAGCUACUUUCGUCCCCUCGAUUCUUCAGAAUGCGUCCCAGAUCGCGAGUCGACUUGAGCUGUUCCGUACCGAGACGCUUGCGUCAUUCGAGCCCGCGGAUAAGAAUACGGAGUCCUCGCAGACUAUGAUGGAUGAUAUUGAGUCGACUAUGGCGCUUGAUAAUUUCGUUGUGCCUGAGUUGCCGAAUGUUAAUUCGAGGGCGGGCUUGUAUAUCUAUCUCAAUGCCGCUCUCGUUGGUCGACCGUUGAUUGAUGAUGCUGCGUUGUUCAGCUACUUGCAUAACAGAUAUCAGGGUGAUAUUCAAUCAACCACGAUUGACCUGAUAUUGGCCUCAUUCGAUGUACUCGCAAAUGCAGUAUUCCGCAAUGAAGGCCAACAAGCAAGCUACUUACUCCGAUCUUACUUAAUUAACAAGCUACCCUUACUUCUCGCAACUCUAGCGACAUCCAUGUAUCCUCCUUUAUCAGCUCAGUUUUGCAUUACUGAAGCACUGAGCCAGGUCGAUACUAACGCGUUUCCGACGUUAUCUGCCAUGUUCGAUGAUACACAUAAUAGUAACACUUUCACAGACAGUGUCCGCCAGGAUUUCUGUUUUGCGUGCUGUCUCCAUGGGUUGAUACCCGAGUCAAGCAUAGAGGGCUUACUUGGCGAAAUCACUUACCAAACUCUACCCCAAGCGGGUCGAUACGUUAAAGAACAAUUAGUCGAAGAGUGUAUGGGUGAUCCCGAAAGGAUCACACGACUAAUUGGAGAAAUGGAUAACAUGGACGGUAAUGUCGGAGCCGUUUGUGAAGCUCUGGCAAUGGUGAUUGGUCGCCUUUGCAAUAAUAAGGAAACGAUGACUUUGAAGCUUCUAUGUAGCCAGCUUGCUAAGAAACCGUUAUCGCUGGAUGUAAUGCUUCUCUUCGACAAGCCGAUCACCAUAUUGCAUCCGCUAUGUGUAUUGCUUGACAGUUGGCGAUACGAAGAAGACCAGGGUGAGUAUCAACCCGUUUACGAGGAAUUCGGAUCCGUACUUCUUCUAGUUCUAGCAUUCAUCUACCGCUAUAACCUUUCUCCCGCGGAUCUUGGCAUUCGUCCAGAUUCGUUCGUGGCCAAAUUAUUGGGUGUUGGAAAACUCAACAAGCCACAAGAGGAUUUGACGGAACAAGAAAACCAGCAUCUUAGCGGGUGGAUCCAUGGACUUUUUGAUACCGAGUCCGGUGGAUUGGCGGACGAAUUGCUAUCUUCAUGCCACCCGCAAGAUUUCUAUCUGCUUGUUCCUACGCUAUUUCACCAGAUAGUGCUGGCAUUUACGACCGGUUAUAUUGAUGAAGAGUCUCUUAAGAUGGGAGUUGAAUACCUCGUCAAUACCUUUUUACUUCCAGCUCUCGUGCCAGCUAUGAUAUACAUGUCUAAUCAACUCUGGAUAGAACUAACGCACGAUAAGGAACAUAAAGCAGUCCUCAGGAUUCUCCAAUUGAUUCUCCUAACUAAACAAGGGUCUACUGAAUCCCAGGCAAUGUUAUCUGCCGUUGUGAAUAUAAUCGCAACACCGUUAGAAUAUGGCCUAAGGUCAUUUCAACGAUUCGACCCUAAGAGUCCUGUGAUUGAUCCCCUACUUAAGGCGAUGAGGGAUAAUCUCAAACUCUCGCGACGAACAGCCAGCGCCGCUAACCACGAGCUGGAAGGAUGGUGUAGCACAGCUAACGGAGGACUUACUACUUUCAUUCGGCACACGAUACAAGGCUUUGUGACGUGGAGUGUCCACCCGGGUCUUAAUGUGAUGCCGACUUCAUAUACGCACCGCCAGAUUAUUUUCGCCCUCAAAAUGCACGGGGCGAGACGUUUCCUUUACACCCUCCUAGAAGAAGUCAAACUGCAGGGAGAAGCUGGCAACGAUAGCAUCGCACAUGAUGUCGCUACUGCUCUCAUAUGCGCCCCCGACGUAACUAACCUACCGCCACCACCCGAAGCGGCGCUGAUGAUGGAUCCAUCAAAUCACAUAGUACCCCCGCAAUUACGCCUUUCACUCCGAGCUGCCCUUAAGGCGGAAGCCGAGGAUUGUAAGAUAAUCCAGAAAUCCGAUCCAGUCAUGGCCGAGAUCAUCGUCCGUCUAUACCGAAAGGUCGAGGCACAAAUGCUUAUGCCACCGCCCCCUGAUCCGAUUAUGCCGAGUGAAUUGGCGAAUCUAGGCUUAGGCGAUAAUGCGGCUGCCCUUGGGGACGCACUAGCGGCCGCCGCCCAAAGCGACGGUUUAGGUGCGGACGAAGCGAGCAUGAGUCUGGAUCUUGGAAGUGGUGGGGGCGAUAUGAGCCAUCUUGGUGGAGGAGAUUCUAGUCAUGGUGGACUUGAUUUCGGGGCUGGUGAUGAUAUGUUUGGGGGGUUGACGGGUGGGGGAAGUAGUGUCGAUUUGCUGGAUAGUUGGGAUUUGACGUAG